UAGGAACCAAACGCUCGGUCGCGCAGGUUGUGUGUAGUCGGUUUUUCGUUAACGGGAAAAGUUACUUCUAGUGGAAGCAAAAUUAUUAUUUAUCUUCACUUGUCCCGUUCAUCACCGUGUCUAGUUGUAGAAAAAGGAAAAACGGGUGUGUGCUGUAAAACGGAGAGAAAAUUGAGGUUUUAUAACCGAUUAUACCAACACUGGCGGUGGAAAAGCUUUGUGUUUCUGCUGACGGCGCGGAAAGCCCAAACUAGUUAGGUGUGUGCUGCCCGAGAGAGAAAACGAAUUUGGUUAAUUAUAAUCGAGCAAUUUGACAAAGUUGUGUGCUAAAGAGUUUAUUUAAUAAAAAUCGUCCCCCCACACUGGCGAGCUAACGCCUUGGAAAACGAAAUCUACCCUGUGGAAAAAGGGUGUAGUGUAGUGCUCAAUCGAAGAAAAAUCGCAUUCAGUGGAAGUCGAGCUGUCAAAUAUCAUACAAAAUGAACGGAUACGCAGACCUGUCCAGCAACAUAGAAAACAGCCGGAAUUGCCUGCGACGGAUUGCCCGACAUGACGAUCAGGAAUUCUCGAACCAAAGCAUUCUCAACGCCAUGGAGAAGUUUGUCAAGACAGUCAAUGCCAUGGAAGAGACGAUACUGGUGCCCUGCCGGUUAAUGGACCGGAAGGUUGGCGAUUCCACCGACACAAUGCCCGUGGAACAGAAGCAACAUUCCCAUCAUUACGGCAAGAAAACCGGCAAAACGUCCGUUCGGGACGCUCUGAACACAUCGGACCUGUUUCGGCUCUACAAUAUGCUGAACAUGGUCAAGGUGGAUCUGCUCUGGGGUCGUCAAGAUUCGGAAGAAACUGCCGAGACGGCGGAACAGAGCGCAGAUAAGAACUUGGCCCGGUACAAGCAGAAAUCGGCAUCGCCGGCUCCGGCGCCACAGCAGCCGGUGGAGCAGCCUGUUCUGAAUAACAACAGCAGCAGCAGUCCGGUGAGUGAUACGGCAGGUAGUAGUGUCAAGGGUCACAUUCGUCGUCCGAGCACCGUGUCGACGACUUCCACCAACAGCGUCAGCACACUGAGCGAUUCCGAGAGCGAAAUCAGCGCCGAGAACGAUUCCGGAAUCGAGUCAGAGGGCAGCGUAGAUCAGGAUAAAAGCAUCGAGCUGGCCAAACAGUUCCGAACGCACCUGAUGGGGUUGUACCGAUCGCUGGAACAGAUGACCGAGGCGGCUAACUACUUGACGGCUCGGUACCAGAGCGACGUCGGGCCGGUCUAGAUACGAUCUCGAUCCCAUUCAUGCGAUGAGCGGACGAGAAAGGUAGAUAUAUAGACGGAAAAUGUUCCCCCGGUGAUAGCAAAGUGUGUCCCCAAGACUACACGCAUGUGCACAUAUGUUCGCGCAGCGUGAAACCAAAUUAAAAUCAGAAGAAGAUACUAAUACCUAGUAAUGUUGCGCAAAAGCGUCAACAAAACGGCAAACACUUUGUGAAUUGUGUAUUUUGUGUAGUAGUGUGUAAGCAGCCCUUUGUCACUUCCUUUCAUACGAUAUUUUUGUAGGAUUUUUUUUGUUUCAGUGCAGGUGCUGUUAGUGCACGAAUCCGAGUAUGAUUGGUCGGGAUGAAUGGUCCGGAAGAAGUUCAGCGAAGACAGUACACGGCGCGCGAUUGGGAGAUUGUAAAGUCAUGUGCACAUUUUAGAUGAUAGUGGUACUAAAAGUAGGAAACUUUAGAGAUCUGUUAACGCGUAGAAAAGGACACGACCCAUUCGCUCGCGUGUUCUCUGUCUUUUGCGCUGAACUUCAUACUAGUGCUAGUGUAUACAAAUGUGAGACAACAAAUAAAGAAUGAUUUAAUAAAUAUUUAAUUUAGCAAUGAAAGGCGAUAGAGGUGAACCAGAUUAUUUAUUGUAAAGUAAUUAAAUUGCGAUGAAACAUUUUUCUCCGAUUAUCCGCAUAUGUUUGCUCGUUUUUUCUUCUAUUUGUUUGUGCGAAAGGUAUUGCGUACACAUGUGUGUCUGUUGGGUCUUAGCGCAAACCGUCAGAUUUAGCAUAGACUAAAAGCAAUCAUUCAGGAGUAGGAUAGGCUUGCUUAUGUAUGUUGGGAGUGGAAGGCGUCUUGUGAGAUUAUUGGAAUCAUUUCUUUAUACUACCAACUAAGCGAAAUGUGCAGAAUGGCAGAAAAGCGUGAAAAUGAAGCAACACGUGAAACUGCAACUUUCAGGAAAAGUGCCAGAAAGAAAGUGCUUAGGUUUAGGAAACGAAAGCAUAAGGAAAGCAAAAAAAAAACAGUGAUAUAGUUGAAAGGAAUGUUAUCUCGAAGAGAGAGAAAAAAAUCAAUUUAUUGUCGACGGUGUCAGUUGUAUGAGCAAGUAAGAUAUUUUUCCGAUAAAGAUUGUAAAUAUUCGUUCUGUAAACAUUAGUUUAUGUUGUUUUUGCUUGAUUUUUUUUCUUCGUGACUGGUAGUUAAGAAGAUAAUGAAGAAGAAUAAAUAGGUAAAGCAGAAAAAUGUUUGAGUUUGAUAUGGAACGCAAAUCUGGUGGUAUGGUUUCAAUAUUUCUCUGUACUCUGGAUAUAAAUUUUAGGUUGUACUCUUAGUGUUUAUGGUUACAACUUGCAAGUCUACGUAAUGUCAUCGGUUAAAUUGGAGCAAAAGUGGUUGACAUUGACAUUGCAACUGGGUGGAUUGGCGCAAUAAACCAAGUAGUCUGUGGUUGCAGUCAUCACAGUCAAAUGUUAUUUUUUUCUAAUAACAAAAUUAAGGUUGUAGUUCUAUUUCAAUUUGACAAUAUCGAUCAAUCGUUCAAUUUUUACUAUUUUGCAAUCCAGUGACAUUAGGUGAGUGUGCUAAAACGCUUUUUGUUUAAGACCUGCGGCAUUUAUUGAGAGUAUGUGGGGCUUUCCAACCAAACCAAUUUAUUAGGACGAAGCAUCUUAGUAAUUUUUGCACAUUUAAUCUCUUCCAAAUGCCACUUAACAUGAAAAUUUCAGUAGAUUCGGCAGCAAAAUCUCAGAGUGAUUGAAGAUACAAACAACUGUUUAAUUGGUCCUCCAAUUUCAUCAAAUUCCUGCAAAAUCUGACACUCGGUCAAUGUCAGCCACUAAUAAAAAUCCAUUUUGUGGACUGUUUUGCAUAAACCUUCACACCUCAGGUCAGUUAUUCUCUAGCUUGAUACAGACGAUAUCAUUUUCGGAAAAUCAUAACCAUCCUUACAUUUCAGUGAGUCGAGCCAAUCCCGAGAAAACUUUCUCAAUUAUUUCGUUUCCUUACUUCGCAUACCUUCAUACAAUUAUUCACUAAACUUUGGUAGCCCGAGUAAAUGUCCCCGAAAGAUUUUCGUCAUUCAAAUAACCGAUCAAUACGCACCUAAACGAAGCUCCUCGCUGUUGUUGCGUAGUAGUUUGCUCGACAUGUUCAGCUUCCUCACAGUUUGCUCAAUUUAGGUUUAACCGACAUUCGACUUUAAGGUUUAUUUAUUAGAAAUGUUUCUCGCAAUCGAGCUGACCAUCCCGCAGCAAACAAACUUAGCUUUUCGUCAGGUAUUCCAACCAUUCGCGGACCCACAACCCAGGACUGAUGGUAAAUCGUAUCUGGAAACUCUCUCGCAAAUAUAAAAUUAUAUUAUCUGAAAAAAAUAAAUCUUUUUCUUCUUCCAAGCAAAAUGGAAGCACACAGAAAAGGAUUGCGCGAAAUUUGUCGUUUCUCGUUUUGAGCUUUGAACUGAGCUUAGGAAAAUUUUCGGGCUAGUUUGGCUAACAUUUAUUUUUUGUUUAGAACGUGAUAAACAGGCACGUAACGACCGACAAUGUCGACGACUUUAUUCGUUCGCUAUCCGUCGAGUUGAGAGGGAAAAUGCAAUAAAAAUUGAUUGAGUGAAAUUGACAAACGCGCGAGAGGGUUCGGCAAAGGGGAAACUUUUCCUUCGAACAAAGGGGUGUUGUAGUUGUAAAGCGAAAUACAAUUAUGCAGAAGCUAUAGUAAAUAUCACCGAACCGCCAACAGUGAGUGUGCUUCACGUGACUUAUGUUUAGUACCGAUUCAUUCCGUUAUUUUUAAAUAAGCAAAAAACGUUGCAGGAGCGAACAAAAUUUAAACAGAUUUAAGAUAAAACAGCAGAGACAUUACACGACAACACACUACAUUGUUGUGGUUCAAAUUCAAACUCACAGAAUCGAAAGAGGGACGAUGAUAGGUUCAGGAAAAUUCAAUCAUGCUGACGUAUAGGUAGAGCGCUUGGCACAAAAUUCGGGUGAGUUUCCCUUAGUGCACUCACUUUUGAUCUAGUGUAUGAAAUAAUAGGAUGAAAAUUAUGAUCAAUGAUUUCAGAUAAGAGCAAACACAUUCAUAAACAAAAGAUAAAACGCUAGAGAAACAAUGAUUGAUAUAGAGAAAAUGUUAUAAAAGAAUAUAUUUCAAUAAUAAA